AUGGCAUCUGCUGCCAGAACUGCUUCCCGGGCCUUCCUGCGCUCGACCCCGACUUCCUCCUUCCGCCCUGCUGUACGCAGCACCCGUUUCGCCAUCUCCGCCAACGGCCUCCGUACCUCUUCCCGUCGCGGAUAUGCUUCAGAGGCUGGCCCUGAGAAGUCAGGCUCAUCUGCUGGCCUCUGGGCUGUUGCUAUUGGUGCCCUCGGUGCCGGUGGAGCGUACUUCUACCUGAAGGGUGACGACUCCUCCAAGGCCCAGGCCCAGGCCAAGGGUCCCUUCGUCCCCGCCCAGGCCGAUUACCAGAAGGUGUACGACGCUAUCGCUCAACGUCUGGCUGACGAAACCGACUAUGAUGAUGGCAGCUAUGGUCCUGUCCUCGUUCGUCUCGCAUGGCACGCAAGUGGUACAUAUGACAAGGAGACUGGCACUGGAGGCAGCAACGGCGCCACUAUGAGAUUCGCCCCGGAGUCUGAUCACGGCGCCAACGCCGGUCUCAAGGCUGCGCGCGACUUCCUCGAGCCCAUCAAGGCUCAAUUCCCCUGGAUCUCUUACUCCGACCUGUGGACUCUUGGUGGUGCCUGCGCCAUCCAGGAGCUGAGUGGCCCAACGAUCCCCUGGAGACCCGGCCGUGAGGACAGGGACGUGUCCGCUUGCACUCCCGACGGCCGUCUUCCUGACGCUGCCAAGGACCAGCGUCACGUCCGUGAUAUCUUCUCCCGCAUGGGCUUUGAUGACCGCGAGAUGGUUGCACUGAUCGGCGCCCAUGCCCUGGGUCGCUGCCACACCGAUCGUUCCGGCUAUGACGGCCCCUGGAACUUCAGCCCUACUGUUUUCACCAAUGAGUUCUUCCGCCUUCUUGUUGAGGAGAAGUGGAAUCAAAAGAAGUGGAACGGCCCGACCCAGUUCACUGACAAGAGCACUGGCACUCUCAUGAUGUUGCCCACUGAUAUGGCUCUUAUUAAGGAUAAGAACUUCAAGAAGCAUGUCGAGCGCUAUGCCAAGGAUAGCGAUGCCUUCUUCAAGGAGUUCUCUGAUGUCUUUGUCAAGCUUCUUGAGCUCGGUGUGCCCUUCAAGACUGAUGAACGCUUCGUCUUCAAGACUUCUGAUUCCGAGUAA